AUGGUUGAGAGGUGCUUGUUGUCUUGGGGAAUCACCAACGUUUUCACAAUUACAGUAGAUAAUGCGAGUGCAAAUGAUGUAGGAAUCAGAUUCUUAAAGAGAAGACUAAAGACAUGGUGUACUAGUCUUAUUGAUGGUGAACAUCUUCACAUGAGAUGUGGUGCACGUAUUCUGAAUCUCGUUGUCAGAGAUGGAUUGGAUGACAAUAAAGCCACCAUUAGCCGAAUCAGAUCUGAUGUUCGAUAUGUUAAGUCCUCUCCAGCAAGAUCAAACAAGUUUAAAGAAUGUCUAAGACACUUGAAGAUGGCGUCUACUGCUGGUGUAAGUCUCAAUGUUGAGACAAGAUGGAACUCAACAUACUUGAUGUUGGAGUCAGCUUUGAUGUUGAAGAGGGGUUUUGAUAUGCUUGCCUUAGAUGAUGAUAAAUAUGUUUCAGAACUUGGGAAGUUAGAAGGUGUCCCUACAGAAGCAGAUUGGGAAUACGCAAAGGCUUAUACACCUAUUCUCAAGUACAAGCUGAAGCAUGUGAGUUUCAUUAUCCGUGAGAGCUACGGUGGUGGUGAAAAUAGCAUAGCUGGCGAGUUGUUUGCUAGAGUGAAAUCGGUUUUGGAGCAGAUGUUUAGCAUUAUGAAGCUAAGGCUUCUUAUUCUCCAAUGCAUAACCAAGCUAAAGGAGUAA